AUGAGUGUAAAAGAAGUACGAGAACAUAUCAAAAAGCCGAACGACAUUGUCAUACAAAGACGAAUGGAUGGUUCCGAAGAUUUCUAUCGUCCCUGGGCCGAUUAUAAACAGGGAUUUGGUAAUAGUUCUGGAUAAUUUUUCAUUGGACUAGAUAAAGUGAACGAACUUACCAAUUCACGUCCCUAUGAGCUGCUGAUUGUCAUGGAAGACUGGGAAAAUGAUAGACGUUUUGCACGCUAUGAUCAAUUUAUAAUUGGCAGAGAAGCGGAAAAGUAUGUCCUCAAAGUAUUGGGAAAUUAUACUGGUUCCGCUGGUGAUGGAUUGUCAUUUGCACGGGGUAAGAAAUUUAGUACGAAGGAUCACGACAAUGAUGGGUCGGGUUCUAACUGUGCUGUUUCAUACACUGGAGCUUGGUGGUAUAAUAGUUGUCACUACAGCAAUCUGAACGGAAGUUAUUUAAGAGGAAAAAGUACCCAAACUGACCAAGGCGUUGUAUGGUAUCCAUUCAAAGGAAGUGAUUAUUCGUUGAAGUUUGUUGAAAUGAUUCUACGUCCAAAUUAA